AUGGAAGUCGCACCACAAAACUUGAGAAGCAAGACACAUAAGCCCCAACCUGCAGUCAUCAAAGUCAUCCGAGGAAACGUAGAGAGAAUGGCACCUUUGGUGGGAUAUUUCCCAUCUGGUUUUGAUCCAGACCUUAAUUCAACCAAAGUUGGUGUCUUUAGGCAUAAAGAGAGAGGUGGUACUAGGCUUCAGCUUGUGGUAACCCCAGAGAAGGAACCUAAGGUUGAUUUCGUUGGAACAAGCUAUGCUGGUGAAGCUCAAGCUGGGGAGCACUGCUCUUAUGGACUUGGUGUUCUUGAUAAGGCCACCAACACAUUGAAGAUUGUACCUAUUUCUAGUAACAAGGUGUUUAGAUUAGAACCAAACGUUCAAGGUGUUGCCUCCUCUAAUAAGGAGCUUGCAAGUUCAGUGGUUGGGAAACUUGCUGCACAUGAGAAGGCAGAAAAACUUACAGAACUUCAUAAUCGUUAUGGAACAAAGAAGUCAAUACGGCAGAACAAAAAAAUGCAAAUGUUGAAGCAUGGAGAUGAUCCUGAUGCUCAAAAGGAUUUGGAUGUAAUCAAACAAGGUAUGACAAUCAGGGAGGAUUUGAUAGAAGCUUCCGAAGGCCCUAAGGAUCGCAACACCCCACCAUUUAAUGCUUCUGCCACCACUCCCCAGGAGGCUUAUCCACUGGACAAGAUCAUCUUCACAGGAGAGUGGAAAUACCUCCAAGAUAUCCAUGAGCUAUUGGAAGGGGGAUCAAGACUUCCCCAAUUUGUUGGCAACCGAAUCCAUAAACUGCAGCAGAUUGAGGUUGAAGACAAGAAGAACAAGCUUGCUAGUAUUUUGUCAUACAUUGUGCAUCUUAUUAAGUUCAAAGAUCUGCAUUCGAUUCCUAUCAAAGCAGAACGUUCCAUGGAGCCCGAGUGGCUUUCCUCUGCAAAGGCCCACAGAUUCCCAAGCAUUAUAAGGGAUAAAUUUUCAACCAUGUUUGAUGCAGUGUCAAGAACGCUAUCAACCGAAAAAAGUAAUCUUCUCAUUAGUUAUGUCCUGGUGCUCACUCUAUUUGCCGAUGAAUUCCAAACAAGUUUGACAGACAUAGCAAAGGAUCUCAGAGUGUGCCCCUCAGAGUUGAGGAAGCAUUAUCAGACCUUAGGUUGCAAGGUGUCUAAGAAGAACAACUUAUCAAUGGUUACCCUUCCUGUCCCCCUCCAAUUUUCAACACUGAAGCGGAAGCGAAGUAAUAGAUGA